AUGAUCAUUGGUCUCGUUCCUGUUUGGAACCGGGACGAAAGGGUGCGACGGUUGCGACGCCGCCGUUGCUACAUCGCCCUCGCCGAUCUUCACAACUGCACCACCAACUCGGGCACCACGAGCAGAGGCUCCCCGAUCCAGGUGACCUUCCGCGCCGCUCACCCGCCUCUCCUCUCCUCCUUUUGCGUCCGCUGCCCCGACCUGGACUUCCUCCGCUCAAAGCCAAUAGUCGUGGCCACCGACACCGACCUCGUGCUUCUCCGCGUACCCAUGGACCUCAAGGCGCGCCUUGAUGCACGGUCCUGGGACUACUUCGUAUACAAGCCGCGAGCUCGUCAGCUGGACCUGCUCCCGAACCCGCACCCCUUGAGCUUCCACGACUCUGCGACCGCCCUCCUCAGCCGAGAAGACGGCGCCUGGUACGCCAUCGCCGCCAUCAGCACUUGGUGCCCAGUGUACGGGAGCAAUGGUCACUCGAUCAUUAGGUGGGAUUUCCACCUCCACCUUUACCGCUCCUCCGAUUCCAAGGGUUGGAUCACCACGCCCGUGUCAGUGUCAGUGGAGGAGCUUGUGAGGGACAAGCGUGUCCCGUUGCCUUGCGAUGUGAAGGGUGACAUGCCGUAUCACAAUACGGCCAAGACUCUCACUAUUGGUGGUGAGAGAGGUACCGUAGCCUGGGUGGACCUCUGGCGUGGCAUCCUCCUCUGUGAUGUACUCGGGGAGCGACCAGUGUUCCAAGACAUCCCACUACCCGCACCUGCAAGGGGAAACUGGGAUAGUCUCCUCGAGCAAUCCGAGCCCAACUAUGUCCGUGAUGUUGCAAUCAGUCCGCACAAAGACGCUAUCAAGUACUACAUUGAGAUGGCAAUCUGGCCACCAAUAACGUUAAUGAAGAUGAUAACCCCUGGUUCCUAUUCGGAAUGGGUGCGCUAUCAGUCAAGCAUCACCCAGGUGAUCCCUGAUGGAUGGAAGGCCACAAUAUGGAGCAUGCCAAUACCAGUUGCCUCAUUCACAUGUUGGCAGCAUGACUGUCAAGUUGUAGGCAACGAUGUCAGCAUGGAUACCAGCGACCCACAUCAUUGUAACCUGCUGUCUAGGCUGAGAGGCAGCGACACCACGCCAAUAUUGCAGAGACCUGUCAUGGCAUACCCUACCAUAAGCAUAGAUGAUGAUAUUGUCUACUUUAUUUAUAGUAGCAGACCCAGGGACAUUGGAAAAUUGGAGUUGGUGAUUGCUGUUGAUGUGAGGAACAAAGCCCUCCGAGGAGUAGCCCAGCUUGUUGGCCAGAAGAAGUUCAUUAGUGUGCCUGCCUUCUGCACCCAUGAGAUCUGCAAAUAUCAAAGGAAGAAUACAGGCACAACAGUAGAGAUUAAACAAACUGAAAAAAAAGCUGUUAAGCAAACCGACGAAGAUCUUGGGACUGGUAAACCAACUAGGGCGCAUGUGAAGAAACCAGCCCGCGCAAGGCCGCCUGUGAAUAAGAGGGCAUUGAAGACCUAUGAGUUGCUGCAAGCGAGAUCCUGGAGCUGCCCAAGGCAACUUGGUCAACAGAAGCCCGAUGCUGAAAGUGAUAUCAAGUAGCUUGUUUAAUUGAUUUAUGAGGAUUGUGCCAAAAAUAAUUGUCAGAAUGGGUACAUGAUUUAUGUGGAACUUGUGUAGGCUCGCUUCACUAGAGCUGAACUUGUCCGAUUGUUAUACUCUGUUUCGGAGCAACUUUGUUUUAUUUCUUUCAGUGUUCACUGCUUUAUUGUCAAUAUUUUUUGUGGUUGUUA